AUGGCUACGGCUAAAAGGAAGUCCACAGUUCCCGUGAUCGAUGAUAUCUCUGAAGCUUAUGAUAUUCUCGAGCCAGGGAAGAAGAAAGUUAAAGAAGUAGACAUAUACAAGCAAAAGGAUCCCACAGGAGGAAAAAAGAACACAAAUUAUGCAAAGUUAAAGCAGAAAGAGAGAGUGACCAAAAAAAUGAAGAGGCAACUUGCAGCAGUGCAACAGAGAAAACAAAACAAAACAACUCAAGAAGAGUUGUUUGCUUCGUUAGCAGAGUAUCAAUUAGAUCCUAAGACCGUCAGACAAUUAAGUUCGACAACAUUCAUGCAAGAUAAGAAUAGACUAGAUAGAGAAGUAGCUCCUGAAUUUUCUGCAAAACUGAAGGCUUAUUCAAGCAAAGCUAAAUUGGCCGAAACACUACACGCAAAAGAUCGCGUUCAGGAAAAUUAUUUCCCUACGGAUGACGAGGCCAGUACGGAUGAAGCUGAAGAUGAUGAAGAGGAGAAAGAAGAGAAUGAAGAUUCUAAACAAGAUGACUCCGAGUGCGAAGAAUCAGAAACUAUUCUUGAAACCCGUCAUAAACAAGCAGGAACAAGUUCAGCGCUUACAUCUGAAGAAAUCAGACAAGCGAGUAAGACCAUAGAAGCAAGCAUUGAAACCGUUUCCAAGGAAAUUGAGAAUAAAGUCCGAAAUCGACAACCGAAAGAAAAGAUAACGGUGGGGAAAAAAGUUGAUGAAGAUGAAGAGGAUGCUGAACUUGCCAAAGAUAACUUGUCACCUGAAAACAAAAUAUUCCAAAGAACUCGUGUCGUAGUAGAACGAUCUCCUGAAAUUAAUGAAUCGAGACAACAGUUACCAAUAUAUGGAGAAGAAGUUCCGAUCGUGGAAGCUAUAAACGACAACAUAGUUACUGUCGUUUGUGGUGAAACAGGAUCAGGAAAAACUACACAAAUUCCUCAGUUCUUGUAUGAAGCCGGAUAUGCCAGCGAUGGUCAAAUUAUUGGUAUAACAGAGCCUCGUCGUGUGGCUGCCAUAUCCAUGGCUCAGCGUGUCGGAAUUGAAUUGGGUCAACCCAACCUUGUUAGUUAUCAGAUUCGGUAUGAAGGUAAUCGCAAUGAUGAAACAAAAAUACUCUAUAUGACUGAUGGAGUUUUGAUGAAAGAAAUGGAGAAAGAUGUCAUGUUGAACAAAUACUCUGCAAUUCUGAUUGAUGAAGCUCACGAACGGUCAAUGUACAGUGAUGUACUCAUUGGAAUGCUGUCUAGGAUAGCACCACUCCGGGCGAAGACUAACAGCCCUUUACGCUUAGUUAUUAUGUCAGCUACUUUACGUUUACAGGACUUCCUUCAAAAACGAUUGUUCCCAACUGUGCAACCUAAAGUGAUCAAAGUCGAUUCCCGUCAAUUCCCUGUUACUGUUCAUUUCGAGAAGAAAACUCCUGAAGAUUACAUAUAUGCAUCUUUCCGCAAGGCCUGCAAAAUUCAUGAGUCGUUACCUGACGGUGGUAUACUCAUAUUCGUUAGUGGACAAAAGGAAGUCAAACAUCUGAUUAAUAAGUUCAUUGCACGUUACCCGAUCUCACUCGAAGAGAAAGAUGGAGAGCUCCUUGUUAAAGGUAGUAGAGCAUGGAAGUCAAAGAAAAAAGAUGAAGUCAAGGCAUUAAAACUGGAAGAUUUUGAAGAAACCAAAGAAAAAGUAUCUGAAAACUUGGAUGGAGAAGACUUACAAGAGAAUGAUGUUGGUGGAGAUGCUUGGGAUGAUUACGAUGAAGAGUUCGUUGAUGAAACUCCUCUAAACGAUUCAAUGGGACCUCCACCUUCUAAUGCACGGCCUCUUUUCUGUUUACCAUUGUACUCUCUGCUGUCUUCAGAGAAACAACAAAGAGUUUUCCAGUCUCCUCCUGAUGGAACAAGGCUUUGUGUCAUUACAACUAAUGUAGCCGAAACAUCUUUGACCAUUCCUGGAAUCAAAUACGUUGUAGAUGCUGGUUUUGAAAAACAAAGGUUAUACGAUCCUAUCACCGGGGUAUCACGAUUUGUGGUUGCUCGUAUAAGUCAAGCUUCUGCAGAUCAACGAGCUGGACGUGCUGGACGUAUAUGUGCUGGACACGCUUAUCGGCUUUUUUCUUCCGCUGUUUUCCAAGACUUCCCGAAAUUCGCCAAACCUGAUAUCCUGCUUAAACCUGCUGAACAGUUAGUACUGCACUUGAAGUCCAUGAACAUCGUUAAAGUGAUCAACUUCCCAUUCCCUUCACCACCUGACAGAGAAGUUCUCGACGCGGCGGAAAAACGUUUGAUUAAACUAGAUGCAUUAUCAACUACUACGAAGAAUGGAAAAACUGAAGCAAGAAUCACUUCUCUUGGUCGUAUUUUAUCCAUGUUUCCUUUAUCACCUUCGUACGCUAAAGUUAUUGCAAUGGCUAAUCAACACGGAUUGAUGCCAUAUGCUAUAUGCUUGAUAGCUGCAUUAUCAGUGAGAGAACCACUCGUACCUGUAUACUCAUUACGCGGAGAUACGGAAGAAGAAACAAAAACUCUGAUGACUGAAGUUUUAAAAAUGCGUCGUGGAUGGUGUGGACAAGGGCCAUCAAGGCGGUUGGGUGAUUUGUUGGUUUUACUUAGAUCUGUUUUCUGUAGUGAAGAUGUCGAGAUGGAUACUCAAGCAUGCCAUAAAGUUGGAUUGAGACCCAAGGCUAUGAUUGAAAUACGACAACUGAGAACUCAAUUGACGAAUAUAGUUAACACUUCUUUCAAAGAUACUGAAAACGUCGUCAUGGAGCUCAAACUACAACCUCCUUCUCCAAUUCAAGCUCAAAUGCUUAGGCAAAUGAUGGUUGCUGGUCUCGCUGAGAAUAUUGCACGUAGAGUCGAUCGUUCAGUAACAGAUGAGGAGAUUCCUCGUGGUGCUUACCAGACUACGAAAUUGCAGGAAUAUGUAUUCAUUGACCCAUGCAGUGUAUUAUAUACAGAAGAUCCAGACUACGUGUUAUAUCAAGACAUUGUCCAACUCGGCGAGAAAAAAUGUAUGCAAGGGUUAAUGACUGUGGAUUACGAAUGGUUACCAACAUUAGCGGAGUCGCAUUGUAGCUUCGGCGCAGCAGAUAAGGAAGUUGAACCAAAAUAUUGUGCAAAGAAAGACUUAAUAGUUAACAGUGUCGGUGUCAAGUUUGGUCCAUUAGAAUGGUCGAUUGGCAAUUUCGACCGUGAGAUCAAUCGUGAUAUCAUGUACUACAGAUAUUUCUGUCAGUUCUUGCUGAAGGGCGAGGUUGUUCCUAUGUUGGCUGAAUAUGCGGGCAAGUUAAUAGCUCCCCCAACAACUAUGGUCAAGUCAUGGGCCAAGUUACAACAGAGAACUGAAAACUUAUUAAAUGCUCUCAUCGAAAAAGAUAUAUGUUCGCGUGUAGCCUUGGUAGAAGAAUUUGAAAAAGAUGAAAACUUCUUAUUACAAGAGUACUUGGAAUGGGUUCCAGAAUCGUUACAUGGUAAUGUAUCAAUAAUGUGGCCUCCAAUAGAGAAGACUGAGAGAAUGGGUCGUAAUAAAAAACAUAUUUAG